CGUAUCCGCACGGAGCACCCGGAACACAAGACAACAAACUGGGCAUCCACACACGCUCAACGAGUAGUAGCCGGGCCAGCAGUUUACAACUUGCAGAAGGGAAAAAAACAAAAAAACAAAGAGAUUCAAAUCUUGUUCUUUUUUUUUUUGUGGGUUCAAAUCGCCUACGGAAGAAAAAAUUUUUUUCUUCUUGAAAAAGUGUAACAGAUGAGCGGGCCGGUCCGCGCUUUGUGUUCCAACAGCCUCUACGUUAUUGGAAGCAAUUUUCAGUUGGGAAUUGUUUUUUAACUACCACGAAAGUAAAAAGGCUAAAAGGAAAAAAAAUAAAAGGGCAAAGUUGAGCCGGUUAUUUGUCUACGAGAGAACAAGCGAUUAUUCAUCAUGUCCGAGUUUCUUUACGGUCUAAAAGAUCGGGCAAUGUCAAGCUUGUCCACUUUCCGGCGAGGAGCCAAUUACGAAGAGUUCGAGAUGCCCAAGAUGAGGAACCUCAAAAACAUCAAACCAAAUCCGUUUAGCAAGCAAGAAGAUGAGAAGGGAUUCAUUACGACCGAUGGCGGCGGCACCGGAAUGGGAGAGCUCGGAUCGCCCGAAUCGCUGCCGGAGCUGGAACGGCCACCUUUACGCAAAAUCGACCAGUACAUCCGACCAGAUUGUCCCUGUUGCAGCAUGUCGAAAAGAUACACAGUGGCAUUUAUGGCUAGCAUCGGUUUUUUGAUCUCGUUUGGUAUUCGAUGCAAUUUGGGUGUUGCCAUCGUUCAGAUGACGGCCAACAAUACCGAAACUGGCAUGCCAGAAUUUGAUUGGACCAAAAGGACGAUUGGCCUAGUAGAUUCAUCUUUCUUUUGGGGCUACCUGAUCACCCAAGUCCCAGGAGGUUUCCUCGCUUCCAAAUACGCUGCUAACAAGGUAUUCGGAUCGGCCAUCGCCGUGUCGGCUUGUCUUAAUAUGCUCCUACCCGGCGCGGCCAAAAUCCAUCCAGUCGUGUUUACCCUCGUUCGCAUCCUCCAAGGGCUGGUCGAGGGAGUCACAUAUCCGGCGUGUCACGGUAUUUGGAGGUGGUGGGCUCCUCCACUGGAACGAUCUCGACUGGCUACUUUAGCUUUUUGCGGGUCAUACGCAGGUGCUGUAGUUGGAAUGCCUUUGUCCGGAUGGCUGACGGAUGGCAUUAGCUGGCAAGCACCCUUCUACUUCUACGGUGCAUUCGGUAUCAUUUGGUACGUUUUCUGGGUGUGGCUAUCGUUUGAGAAACCUUGUCUGCAUCCGACCAUUACGCCCAGCGAGCGCCUGUACAUCGAAGAAUCAUUGUCGCAUGUACAGCGCACCAUUCCCAACUUCUUUACGACUCCAUGGCGGUGCUUUUUCACGUCCAUGCCCGUCUACGCCAUCAUCGUUGCAAAUUUCUGCCGUUCGUGGACUUUCUACUUGCUUAUCCUUUCGCAGCCCAGUUAUUUCAGGCAAGUCUUCAAGUUCGACAUAGGAAAAGUGGGAGCUUUGGCUGCUCUUCCUCAUUUGGUCAUGACAAUUAUCGUACCGAUUGGCGGACAAUUAGCCGAUCAUUUACGUCGCAACAAGAUCCUUUCGACGACAUCUGUACGCAAGAUUUUCAAUUGCGGAGGAUUCGGAAUGGAAGCUAUCUUCUUAAUGGUGGUGGCUUACACGCGCGACACGACCAUAGCGAUCACUACCCUGACUUUGGCCGUCGGUUUCAGCGGUUUCGCUAUAUCAGGUUUCAACGUCAAUCACUUGGAUAUUGCUCCGCGCUAUGCUAGUAUCCUGAUGGGUAUUUCCAACGGUGUCGGUACCCUAUCGGGAAUGUUUUGUCCCAUCGUGGUCGAGUCGCUCACCAAAAACGAACUACCAGAGGAGUGGCAGACUGUCUUUGUCAUAGCGUCGGUGAUUCACUUCCUGGGCGUGGGUUUUUAUGCAGUGUUCGCGUCUGGCGAACUACAGCCAUGGGCUGAACCUAAAGAUGAUGAAGAAGAUGUGCCAGCUUUGCCAGCACCGGCCACAGCGUGGAAUCCAUUCGAUUCUCAGCAAAAACCGCAGUAUAAUGGAGAGCCUAACUACGCCUCUACGGAGAUGACGCCAGCUGUUCAGGGUAGCAACAAUCCUUUCAACGGUCGAUUACAUUCCUAUGGAGCCACUGCUGACUAUUCCUAUCAACAACAGCAGGCUCCGCCCAGACCGCCCUAUCCUAAUCCAGGAUCAUUCCCCGCAGAUUUCUCCAAUGUUCAACAGGUUCAACCAGCUGCUCAGGACAGUUACAUGCACGGAACUCUACAAGACAGGAAUUACUAGAUAGCUAGGAAGCAAGAAGGAAAAGAUUUACAUGAUUUCAACCCCAAAAAAAAUAUCUAUUAUGAAAGAAAGUGAUUUACAUUUACUUAUAAUCUUGAUCAGUGGACUAUUUCUCAAGAACUUUUUCUUAAAAAAAAACAAACAAAAGAAAAGCAAAACAAAAAAAAAAUUGAUGUAUCUGCUGUUAAACGAUUGUUUCUUAUUUGUUCUAUGAGUGACGUUAACCGGUUUGUUUCAUAAUUGUGGCAAUAACUCGAUGUUUUCUAUUUCUUUUAUUCAAUUUUCGUGUCUACGUAUACAUACAUGUUCGCGUGCAGGUUCCUCCACCCGUUUAAUUUUACGUCAAACAAUAGUCAAAUUUCCUCUUUCGCUGCAGUAUUCCGUAAACUAAAGCUUUCUUGCAUCAAAUUCCAAUCUCUUAAAUUUAUUCAACAGAAGCCAUGUUUCAUAUAUACAUGUUGGAUUUGUAUGUUUUGCUGUUAUUACUGUUAUGAGUGAAAAUUUAGAAAAUUUAAGAUAAGAGACAAAAAAAUAUACAAGUUCAAAACGACA